CAAGAACAUUGGUGCAGUCGUGAACAAGAGAUCUGUCGUCGUAGACCCAGAUACGUUGAUUAUAUGUCUGAAAAGAGUCCUAAUUUCUAAAUAUGAAGUAAUGAAGCAUCCUGGUCUUGUCAGUUUUCCGGACAAGCUACAAUUUUUAAGCUCGGUGUAUAAACUCUAUGCUGUAGUCCAGCAUAGCGGAACUCUAUCUCAAGGCCAUUACAUUGCCACUGUUUUACUUGACGAUGUAAGAGACGACUGGAUCGAGUUCAAUGAUGACAUUAUGACUCGCAUCAGUGCCAGGCCGUUGAAAGACGCUCCUGGAAUAAGAUCGAUCGGUUCUUCUACGUUCGUCAAAAUGCUGCAGAACCUAAUGUGGUAUAGUCUGAUAAAGAAAUGUGAUACUAGAAUAACUAAACAACAUAUAUACAACAUUCCUGGAUAAGACGCAGUAUUUUUCUAGUAAUUUUAUCAUAUACCACGUUCCUUUGAAGUGCCUAUAG